CAUCGUCCAUUCAGCUAAGGGAUUGAAAAGAAGCAUGCACAUUGGCUUGAAUCGAGAGGAGAAUUUCUUCUUCUAUUGUCACAUGGUCCCACACCACAUACUUUUCCUUUUUUGUGGUCCCCCAGCCAUAAUGUCAUUAAGUUACAAAGAUGUAGACACUCCAUGCAUCCGACCCAACGGAUUGCCCUCCGUCAAAUACAAACGCUGAUCCGGCCCAAUAAGUGCGAAAGGAGUUUAUGAAAUGGGAGAAGAGAACAACAAAAGUAAUGGAGGAAAUAGGAAGGUGAAAAAACAAAUCAGAAUAGAACACCCAUACACCGAACAAAGGUAAAUCAA